AUGGAAGCCAAUUACACGGCGGGUGUGUUGACAGCUCUGGUAUUUGUUUCUGGAAGCUCUUCUGAGCUGAGGGCACUUGAGCAAACUGACUUAAUUUCCAAGCUCUUGAUUAACACAACACUGCAAACAGACGGGGAGAGUAACAUGCAUCUUCCUUGGAUACAGGCUGCUUCUCCAGGAACUUUGGGGGAUAAUGCCCUCAGCUCUCCAUGUUCAGAUCUUUCCAGAACACAGAGACAAGCUGACCCUAUCCUUCUGCUUUAUCUCCCGGGACAAGAAGGACUCAGCCAGCGAGAGUGA